AUUUACAUCGUGCACGGUGUGUAUGUGUUUUCUUCCGCGACAGUGCGUUAAAUGCAAUAUGUUUACGGUAGUCACGACUUGCUACGAUAUAAAUCAAAUAAUCCCACUUCAAAUGACUACGACUUUAACACUAACUGCAAAGGUAUUUCUAGUUUACUCGUGGUCAAUGUGGUGCGAUAUGUAGAAUUUCCUAAGGGGCUUACGAAAACUGUUUGAUUAGUUUAGUUCCGUGUGGCAACACAUUUCGUUUAAAUGAUUGAAUGUCAUUUAAUUAUGGUUUGUUUUGUUUUCAUAUUCUUUAUUAUUAGUUAAAGAGUUACGCGAAUUAGAUAAGCCUCUAGUACAAGUUGUAAGUAAGGGAUCUCUUCUCAAAAACGAAAUAAGUUCAAAUUUUAUAGAUUUACUGCACGGUUAUAUAAUGCGGCGUUUAUCGAGAUGUUUGCAUACUAUUCGUUUGGAGUUGAACAACAAUGUGGAUUGCGCGCAUCUACCAAGUUUAGCUAAUUUUUGCAUUGUUCCUAAGUUUGUAGAAGAAGGGAAGGAUGCUGUUAUUAGAGCUGCAAAAUCAAACACAAUUAGGAAUUCUUCAAAGUAUAUUGCGACACAGCAAAUUCGUAAAUAUGUGCCAACAACCAGCUCAAUGGAUGAAAACGCAUGUUGGAACUGUAAAGAGAAUGGUCGUAAAAAUCAUAUGUUGUGCUUGUCAUGUGGCUUCUUACAAGAUGUAGAUAUGGAAAUUAACUACUUUCAUUUGCUUAAUUUUCCAAACAAUUUCCCAUUGGAACAGCAAGAGCUAACGCGACGAUUUCGACAACUACAAACCUUGGUACAUCCGGACAAAUUCAGCAACAGAACAUCGAGGGAGCAGAAUAACUCUGCGGACUGGAGUGCCCUAAUAAAUAGAGCUUACAAAACUCUGUCGGCUCCAAUAGAGCGUGGUCAAUAUUUAUUAAAGCUGGAAGGGGAGCAAAUGCCGCAGGAUAAUAGCACUUUAAAUAAGGAGUUUCUUAUGGAAAUGAUGGAACUCAAUGAGGAAGUGGAGGACGCGAAGUCCAGUGAAGAUUUGGAGCGCCUUAAUGAAAGUAUUGUGCAACAAUUAAACGAAGCUGUAAAGGAGUUAAGCAUCGCAUUUGAGUCAAAAGCGCUGCCUGCGGCAAAGUUGCUACUAGUCAAAAUGAAGUAUUUGCUAAGUGUUCAGAAGAGUAUCAAGAAUAAGCUGCAAAAAAUGAUGGGUGGUUAAGCUUUCAGAAGGUCACCAAUCUAACAGUGUCCUCUGAAAUAAUCAUAUUGGCUGUUUUCUUCGUUAAUUUUGAAUACAUAAUAAUUAUAUAUAAUUGGUUUAAUAAACAUAUGCUUUUUGCUUGCUGAAAUGGUGCACAAACAUCCCGCUUUCUUCACGGAA